AGUGCAAGAAAACACAUUUCCAUUUGUGUUUCAAAAAGAUUGCCUGUGGUGAUUGGCAUCUUGCCGCAGCAAACACUGCAUCGGGCAUCGGGUUGAACAUGAGCUGGAAUAUUCCUCUUCACUCAGUUCCAGAUCUCUGUUUGUUGCAGACUGUGGAGCAAAAUGAAGAAGCACCAGAGUUAUGUCUCCUCCAGUUACACUCCCCCUUGCUGUGCAAGUCAUUUAUAAUUCUGAACUAAGUCAGCGCAGAUAGCGAGGUCAACCACGGACACCUUGUGCACAUUAGUCUUUAAUAUAGCAACAUCGCUUUGUAGCUCUCAACUGAUUGCUUUUUAUAUUACCGCAAUGGCAAUAAGUCUAACUUUCUUGCCUCCUCUCUCACAUAUGUCAUCAUUGUCCAUCCUUCCCCCUUCCUCUCCAUCUCUUGUUUAUCUCCAACCAAACAUCAUCAUUCCUUUUAGAGUGCAGGUAGAGUUCUAUGUGAAUGAAAACACUUUCAAGGAACGUCUGAAGCUGUUCUUCAUCAAAAACCAAAGAUCCAGUUUGAGAGUACGACUCUUCAACUUCUUCCUGAAGGUUCUGAGCUGCCUGCUCUACAUCGUACGAGUCCUGCUAGACGACCCGCGGGAGGAGAGAGACUGUCCUGGCUGUCUCAGACAGAAUGCAUCUGCUCACAACAGAAGCCAUUUCGACUGGUCCCUCAUUAUUUGGGUGAACAGGCCUCUGCCACUCUGGGCUCUUCAGGUGCUUGUUGCAUUCAUCAGUUUUUCAGAGACCAUGUUGCUGGUGUACCUCAGCUACAAGGGCAACGUUUGGGAGCAAGUGUUGCGCAUUCCGUUCAUUCUGGAGAUGAUCAGCGCCGUUCCUUUCGUGAUCACUGUGAUUUUGCCCUCCUUCAGAAACUUGUUUAUUCCUGUUUUCCUGAACUGCUGGCUGGCCAAACACGCUCUUGAGAACAUGAUUAAUGACCUGCACAGAGCGAUUCAGCGAACACACUCGGCCAUGUUCAACCAGGUGCUCAUCCUCAUCAGCACCCUGGUCUGCCUCAUCUUCACUUGUAUUUGUGGUAUUCAGCACUUGGAACGAGCAGGGAACAACCUGACGCUCUUUGACUCUCUGUAUUUCUGUGUUGUCACCUUCUCUACUGUGGGCUUUGGUGAUGUCACACCUCAGAUCUGGCCCUCUCAGCUGCUGGUGGUCAUCAUGAUCUGUGUGGCUCUUAUAGUUCUACCAAUACAGUUUGAGCAGUUGGCUUUCUUGUGGAUGGAGCGACAGAAGUCUGGAGGGAACUACAGCCGCUAUCGUGCCCAGACUGAGAAGCACGUGGUGCUGUGUGUCAGCUGUCUCAAGAUAGACCUACUCAUGGACUUUCUCAACGAGUUCUUCGCUCACCCCAGACUGCAGGACUACUAUGUGGUCAUCUUAUGUCCCGCUGAGAUGGACGUCCAGGUGCGAAGGGUACUGCAUAUCCCACUAUGGGCACAGAGGGUCAUCUACCUGCAGGGAUCUGCUCUCAAAGACCAAGACCUAAUGAGGGCAAAGAUGGAUGAUGCCGAGGCCUGUUUCAUCCUAAGCAACCGGUUUGAAGUGGACCGCUUUGCCGCUGACCAUCAGACCAUUCUUAGGGCCUGGGCCGUGAAGGACUUUGCCCCAAACUGCCCUCUCUACGUGCAGAUCCUCAAACCUGAGAAUAAGUUCCACAUCAAGUUCGCAGACCAUGUGGUUUGUGAGGAAGAGUUUAAGUAUGCCAUGUUGGCCCUCAACUGUGUGUGUCCUGCCACCUCCACCCUGAUCACCUUAUUGAUUCACUCCUCUAGAGGACAAACAGCAUCUUCAGAGGCCUUCAAGCAGCGAGCAGGUGCCUUCCAGCCCCUCAACAGGGAAGGCGGUGCUGGCUCCGUCGACCAAUGGCAGCGCACAUACCGGCGGUGUGCAGCCAAUGAGGUCCACCACAUCCGGCUGGAAGAGAGCAAGUUUUUUGGAGAAUAUCAGGGAAAGAGUUUCAUUUUUGCCUCCUUUCAUGCACAUAAGAAAUACGGCGUGUGUCUGAUCGGGGUGCGCAGGAUGGACACAUCCAACAUCCUCAUGAACCCCGGACCCUGCCACAUCAUGGGAGCCUCCGACACCUGUUUCUACAUCAACAUCUCCAAGGAGGAGAACUCAGCCUUUGUUAGGGGCCACAGAGGGCCAGUGAGGGGCCCCGGGGUUGACUCCAGAGGUGUCCCACAGACAAUCUAUCAUGGCCUCACUCGGCUACCAGUGCACAGUAUUAUAGCCAGCAUGGGCACGGUAGCCAUAGACCUGCAGGACUCCAGUGACAGCAGUCCAGAAGGCUCGGGCCCGCCGGCUCUGGGCAGUGGGAGUGUGAGCAGGAGUGGCUCCAGGACAGAAGUGGGCGGCUGUAACACUCUAGCGCUGCCUGCCAUGAGUGGCUCAGGGGAGGAGAGCAGACACAGCAUCGCCCCCGUCCUGGAGGUGGUUGAUGGGGUGCACAGCCCUACGUUUGACCUGCUGGGAGACCAGUCGGAGGACGAGGGAGGAGAGGAGGGAAAGGAGGAAGAGGGGGGAGAGCCGAAAGGCCAGUGGUGGGGAGCACACUGCGAGUGGGUCAAAGGCUACCCGCUAAACUCUCCAUACAUCGGCAGCUCUCCUGCCCUCUGCCACCUCCUGCAGGAGAAAAUGCCAUUUUGCUGUCUGCGCCUGGAUAAGGCUUGUCAUCAUAUGCCCUACGAGGACGCUCGCUCAUACGGCUUUAAAAACAAACUGAUUAUCGUGUCUGCAGAAAGCGCUGGAAACGGCCUCUAUAACUUCAUCGUUCCCCUGCGGGCGUAUUACCGGCCCAGGAAGGAGCUCAACCCCAUCGUUUUACUACUGGAGAACGUGUUCAAUGGUUGUUUCGGUUCUGUUAACUGUAGUUUAGUCCCUCUGUCUGUUUGUGUCAUUUUACUGAUCCCUCAACACUGUGUGUGCAGUUUGGACAGUCUUCUGCGUUGUGGCGUGACGUUUGCUGACACCAUGGUUGUGGUGGACAAAGAGAGCUCCAUGAUCGCUGAGGAGGAUUACAUGGCUGAUGCCAAGACCAUUGUUAAUGUUCAGACGCUCUUCAGGCUCUUUCCAGCUCUCAGUAUCAUAACUGAACUCACCCACCCGGCCAACAUGCGCUUCAUGCAGUUCAAAGUGAAAGACCACUAUUCUCUAGCUCUCUCCAAACUGGAAAAGAAAGAGAAAGAGAGAGGCUCUAACCUGGUGUUCAUGUUCAGAUUACCGUUUGCAGCUGGGAAAGUGUUUAGUGUCAGUAUGUUAGACACUCUGCUCUAUCAGUCCUUUGUGAAGGACUACAUGAUCUCCAUCACCAGACUGCUGCUAGGUCUCGACUCCAUGCCUGGAUCUGGCUUCCUGUGUGCUAUGAAGAUCACAGAGGAGGAUUUGUGGAUCCGUAGUUAUGGUCGUCUCUACCAGAAGCUGUGCUCGUCGACAGGAGACAUUCCCAUCGGCAUCUACCGCACUGAAGCGCAUAAACUGCCCGUUUCAGAGUCUCAGGUGUCCAUCACGGUGGAGGACUACGAGGAUACACGCGAACCCCGCGAGCCUCUGCUCUGCCGCUCCGGUCUUCACCGUAACUCCACGUCGUCCGAGCCUCCCUCCUCCUCAUCCUCAUCACAGGCCACGGACCACCCGCUCCUGAGGAGGAAGAGCAUGCAGUGGGCGCGGCGGUUGAGUCGUAAAGGUGGGCGGGCCUCCAGCGGGGCCAAGGGAGUGGGUAGUGCAGCCGAGCGCAUCAGCCAGCAGAGACUGAACCUGUUCCGCCGCUCCGAGAGACAGGAGCUCAACGCUUUGGUCCGCACACGCAUGAAACAUCUGGGGCUCUCGCCAUCUGGAUUUAAUGGGAUGACGGACCAAGGCAACAGACUGUCUUAUAUUCUUAUCAACCCUUCCCCUGACACACGCCUGGAGCUCCAUGAUGUCGUGUGAGUACGAUGACAUCACUAGAUA